GUUUCUCCCUUUAACGUCGUUUUACAUAAAGAAAGUAAUGCGUUAUCUUAGUUAUGCACGAAAUUAUUGAGUUUUAUUGACCGUGGUUAAUCGCUAACAAACGGAGCCGUGUAUGCGUGUCGGUAUUCGCUUGCUUUGGUGAUGGACGAACGGAUUAUUUUGCAGAGAGUUUGUUAACCCCGGCCAGAAAGCUAGCGUGUUAGCCGCGUCUUGGCACUACUGUAAGCUGAGCGGAACGACGCAGCUGCAGGAUCAGACAAAUUUAACAAAUCUGCUAACCGUUGUUUAUCUACCAGCGUUAACCAAACGGAGGAAAUGCACCGAACACGCGAUUCCACCUCAUGAUCUCUGUAAUAGAGAUCUUCUUCAGCAGGAAUGGACGAGCAGAAAUCAAACUGCGAAGAAAAUGAUUCAGAAACUGCAGCUGAUGAUGGGACCCCUGCAAAGGAGAGCGUCCAAGUCGAGGGGGAACUGAAUGCCCCUGUUGCUGCAGAGGACAUCUCAGGCACUACUGUGGACACUUCCAGCUCAUCAUUGGAGACUGUCAGGGCGUGUGCUCUCUGCAACUGUGUGGAGCGUAGUCUACAUGGCCAACGAGAGCUUCAGUGUUUUGGACACUCUUCUGAUCGGCCCAGCUUGGAGCCCUCUGUUUCCACUUUGCCAGCAGCUGGAAACGAUGACCUGUCUUCCAUUGGAUUCUCUGAAUCCACCUGUCUGGCGUCUCUCUUUGAUGACACAGGGAGCUGCUGGGUUCACCACUGGUGUGCCGUGUGGUCAGAGGGAGUGGAACAGACUGAGGGUGAGGUGCUGAUAAACGUGGAUAAGGCAGUCGUCUCAGGGAUACAGCGGCCAUGUGAUUAUUGUAAACGGAUGGGUGCUACCAUCCGCUGCCGGGCCGAAGGCUGCUCACGGUUUUACCACUUCCCCUGCUCGGCUGCAAGUGGAUCCUUCCAGUCUAUGAAGCAGCUGGCGCUCCUCUGUCCAGAGCACAUAGACAAGGCUGAGGAGAUUGCCGGAGAGGAGGCACGGUGUGCAGUGUGUGACUCUGUUGGAGACCUCUCGGGUCUGCUGUACUGUACAGGAUGUGGGCAGCACUAUCACGAUGCCUGUCUAGAGAUUAGUGCUACACCACUUCAGAGGUCAGGAUGGCAGUGUCCUGAGUGCAAGGUGUGCCAGACCUGCAGGCAACCAGGGGAGGAUUCAAAGAUGCUGGUUUGCGAUGCUUGUGACAAGGGCUACCACACCUUCUGUCUACUGCCAGCCAUGGACUCUGUUCCCCCUGAUUCAUGGAAGUGCAAACGGUGCCGUGUGUGUAUUGACUGUGGCAUGCGAGGGCUGAAGCUUCCUGGCUCUGAACAGUGGUUUGAGAGCUACACAGUAUGUGAAGGUUGUCAGCGCAGGCGCACCUCUGUCUGUGGCGUGUGCAGUAAAGCCACGGAGCCCUCGGUGUUCCUUCAACAUCACUGUGCCAUCUGCCACAGAUGGGUACACAGUGAUUGUGCCUCGCUGUCAGGGCCUCCUGAGGAGAAAUGCAUCUGUGUGCUCUGCAAAGAAAUCCCAGAUGAGGUUCCAGUCGAGGCUGAAGUGCCAUCCAUGCAAGUAGAUGAGAAAGCUGAUUUGGAGGUGCCAGUAGAAUUGGGGACAGAGCUUGAGGUGGUUGAAAUGGCAGAAGUGAAAGAAAGCAUUAUGGAGGAAGAACUACGGCCAGAGGGUGCAGAGGGCUCUACAGAGGCUAAUGUGCACACUGAGGUCUCUACAGAGCAGCAGCCCCUUUUAGCUACUGUUUCAGAUGUUGAUGCAAAGCAAAAAGAAGAGGAGAAAACCGGUGAAACGGUGGUUACAGAGGCUGUUAAGCAGAAACAAGAGGACACUCAGGACCCUCCUAUAAAGGAUAGCCCAGACAGCCCUGACCCUGACACUAAAGAAGAGGCUCAAUCUGAUGUAGCUGAGACUAAUAUAGAAAGGCAGGAGAAAUCAAAAGAAAAGCCUUCUGAAACAGAGACAGAGUUGGAUGGUACUGUUAAGUCCACAGAAACAAAACCUCCAUCAAGCCCAUGUUCUCAGUUAUCUCAAAUCACACUCCCUGUUGCAGAAGAAGAGGAGCCAGUUGCUAUGGACUUGGAGGAGAUGGGUUCCCAAGAGGAGACGAUAAACAGGACUCCUCCUUCCCCUGCUCCUCACACAGAAAUGCCCACUGCAUCUGACACAGAUGAUAGAAUGGGCCAGUCUGAGGAUGAAGAAGAGGAGGAUGAGCAAGGUGUGGAGGAAUCCUUAGAUGAUUCGCUUCUCAAAGACGAGAGUCAGUGUGAAGAUGAUCAGGCCAGGAAAGAGUUGCAGGACGAUAUGAAGCCGGAGCUGGUCCUUGAUGAGACCUCAAACCUUAGCCACGGUGACGAGAGCAGUAGUGGUUUUCUUGGCUCGCCGGCUGAGGCAGACUCUCAGAUGCUGUCCAUGGAGCUUAGCCUGGUGCCAGCCGGCAGGACCCGAUCAGAUUCGCUGCUCACCGAAACUGAGGACUCAUUGCCUUUUGAUCCACUGAAGCCCGAUGGUGAGAAAGUGAAGCGCAGGGGUUCUCCAGGACGAUCACGAAUGAAACAGGGCCGAGGCAGUGGGUUCCCAGGAAAACGGCGGCCACGUGGUGGUGGCAGUGGUGGUGGUGGUGGAAGAGGGCGUGGACGGUCACGUCUCAAAGCAAUGGCCUCUUGUAUUGAUGCCUUUCUACUAAGCAUGACUGCAGACACUGGAAUUAGCAAAGAAGAAGAUGAGGAGGAAGAUGACACCAUGCAAAAUACUGUGGUACUUUUCUCCAACACUGAUAAGUUUGUCCUGCAGCAGGACAUGUGUGUAGUUUGUGGUAGUUUUGGACAAGGUGUGGAGGGCCAGCUCCUAGCAUGUGCUCAGUGUGCACAGUGUUAUCAUCCAUACUGUGUGAACAGCAAGAUCACCAAGAUGAUGUUGAGAAAAGGCUGGCGUUGUCUUGAGUGCAUUGUGUGUGAGGUGUGUGGGAAGGCUUCAGAUCCUUCUCGGUUGCUGCUUUGUGACGACUGUGAUGUCAGCUAUCACACUUACUGCUUGGACCCACCCUUACAGACGGUCCCCAAGGGAGGCUGGAAAUGCAAAUGGUGUGUAUGCUGUAUGCAGUGUGGUGCCAGCUCCCCUGGGUUUCACUGUGAGUGGCAAAAUAACUACAAUCACUGCGGCCCCUGCGCCAGCCUGGUAACAUGUCCUGUGUGUCAUGAGAACUUCAUGGAGGAGGAGUUGCUUCUGCAGUGUCAGCACUGUGACAGAUGGGUUCAUGCUGUAUGUGAGAGUCUUUACACUGAGGAUGAGGUUGAACAAGCAUCUGAUGAAGGCUUUGCCUGUACAGCCUGCACUCCAUAUGUCCCCAGGCCUGUUGUGGAGUCUCCUAUGAUGUCUGCCUUCAAAAUAAAAGAACCAGAGCCACAGUUUUAUCGUCUGGAGGGUGUCUGGCUAACAGAGACUGGCAUGUCUUUGUUGCGAAGCAUCUCCAUGUCACCGCUUCAUAAGCGCAGACAGCGCCGCUCAAGACUGGGCACUAUGUCUAUUGAUGAGCUAAAAGAGGGCGAUGCAGAUGGUGAUGAAGGAAAAGGAGGUGCAGAAGCAAUGGAAUGUGAGCCCAAGUCUGAAGCCCCUGGGAGCCCAGACAGGGAUGGAGGAGCGGACCGAGAAACUGGGCCAGAUGGAGGUAUAGAGGGCAUGGCUGACUGUGAAACUCUCAAAGGAGGAGUAGAGGAGACCGAUGACGGGAAGAAGAGAAAGCGUAAACCAUACAGACCAGGGAUUGGAGGGUUCAUGGUCCGACAAAGAAAGUGUCACACACGAAUGAGGAGGAGUCUCUCUGCCUCUGGUGAGGGCGUUCCUGAAGGUCAAGCAGCUGAAACAAAACUUGAGGAAGGACCUCAUCCUGACAUACCUCUCGAUGUCCCAGAGGCAAAGACAGCAGAAGGAGAUGGUGAGCAAGCCAAGAAGCGCAGGGGCAGAAAGAAGAGCAAAUUAGAGGACAUGUUUCCCACAUACCUACAAGAGGCUUUUUUUGGCAAGACAUUACUUGAUCAGAGUAAAAGAGCUUUUCUGGCUCCUCCAACACCAAGACAUACGCAAGGUUUACUAAGACCUCCACUCCCUGGGCUUGGGGCCAGAAAUGCAGCCUCCGAAUCAGUUGAGGCCACAGUCAGGCCGAGUGGUCUGCCCAUGGAACUAAAGCAAGAAGGGGAGGGAUCCAAGCCUACAGGAGAUGGAGCAGUAGUAGGUUCAGGAGCAACUGGGCAACUUUUCAACAAAGAUCAGAGCUCGGGAGCUGCACAUGGGUCUGACAUGUUGAAAAAUAAAGAUCUCCCUCAGGGACUAGAAAGACAGGACUCUGAGCAGUUCUUUCGGAAAGUACUUGGACCCACUGAGGGAAGCUCAGUUAGUGGGCAGCUGCAGCCUAGCAUUAAGCCUGUUCAGGAAGGUGAUCCAAAUCAAAGUAGUUGCCCUCAAAGAAACCUCCUUCCAGGUGCUUCCUUAUCUGGCACACUCCCCUCAACUGGUAUGAUGGACUCUUUUUCAGGUCUCUCUCAGUCCCCCUUUUUUGACCUAAGGGAUCGAGGUGGUCUUUUCAGUCCAGACCAGGAUGAGGAAAGCCCAUGGGCAACACCAUCUACUCCAGCCACCCCUUCCACUCCUCCAACUCCUACUGAACAAGAAGGUGAUGGGCUCUCCUACAAUCAACGCAGUCUGCAGCGUUGGGAGAAGGAUGAGGAAUUAGGAAAUCUAUCAACCAUCUCUCCUGUACUUUAUGCUAACAUGAACUUCCCCAGUCUCAAACAGGACUACCCUGACUGGGCAAGUCGCUGCAAACAAAUAAUGAAGAUUUGGAGAAAGGUAUCAGCCGCAGACAAGGUUCCUUAUCUGCAAAAGGCCAAAGAUAAUAGGGCUGCUCAGAGAAUAAACAAGGCACAGAAGCAGGCAGAGAGUCAAGUAUGUCGGCCUAUCAAAACUGAACCUGGCCGUAUUAAAGGGGAGCGCCCUAAUCUGCACCUCCAGAUUCCUCCACCCUCAGGCUCUGUAUCUACUUCCUCCCAGCCAAGCUCUGCUGAGAGUUCUUAUACCCUUGCACCAGACUCUGCAUCUUCAGCCUUUUUUCCUGAUGGACCUCUUAAAACUCCUUGCUCAGCUGAUUUGCAAGCCGAUCCAUUUUCUAAACUUUCCAGUCAGUCUCCGCACCUUCAGUCUCAGCCAUCCACACCAUACUCACAGCCUUCUUCCAGCCCCUUGCCGGCCUCUUCCUCAGGACAUUGUAUGCCUGGCCCACAGGGUGCUACUCAGGGACGGCCAGCCAGUUUCGGCUCCCUUGAAAUGCAACCAGGGGCUCCUCGUAGGGCCCAACAGGUUGACCCAUUUUUUAGACCACAACAACAGAUUCCUAAACCUCAGGAGGCCUUGGGUCCACCUGAGAGUCCUCGACCUAGACCUGGUGGGCCUGGAGAUGCACAGAUGUUCUCACCACCUCAUAUGACCCAUUGUGGUGACCUCUACCGUGGCCAGCAUGGAGCUGGCCGACAAGAUCAUGCUUCUUCUCCAUCACCGUCUGCGAUAGCAUCUUCACCUGCUGGAGUGGGCCCUAGUAGAGCAGAUAUUAAUGCCCCAUCUCCCCGUUCUUCUUUUGGCAGGCAAGACCUAAACACCGGUUCUCCUGCAAGUUUAGACUCUGGAGAUGGAUUAUUCAAAGCUCCCAUGACACCUCGUAUGCAUCAAGGGGAUGCAGGUGGCUUGUCUGUUUCACACCAAUCAGGUGCUUCUCCUAAUCAUCCUCCUGAGAGUUACCGCCAAUCUCCCUCUACGUUCUCUGACCCCUAUGCCCAGCCUCCCCUCACACCAAGACCUCAGUCGGGUGAUGGCUCCUCUCCACUACCCCAAAGGCUUCCUGCAGCUCAGCAAGAAAAUUAUUCGAGAUUGCCCUCCAGCCCUCAAUCCCAAGGCAGUUCUCAGUCACCACUCACACCAGGAGCCAUUUCCAAUGAUGUCCUCUCUGUGCAGUCACCAGCCACUCCACGUUUCCAGUCUCCUGACCCUUACUCCCGCCCACCUUCACGACCUCAGUCCAGAGAUCCCUUUGCCUCAUUGCAUAAACCCCCUCGUCCAUCUUCUGUAGCACCAGAAGGUAACUCACCCUUUAGAGGCUCACCUCAUCCUGGCCAGCAACCACCCUGCUCACCCUCAGUAGUAGAUCCACUAUCUGGAAAACCCCCUGCUUUCAGCUGCAGUCCUGGUGUAGGGAUUCAAAUGGGCCCACAACAAAUAGUUGGCCAACAGCAUAUGACUCCUCCGCAAGCUCAGGUUCACCUCCAGCAGCCACAGUCCCAGACUCAACAAGUGGGUGCUGAUUUUAACUCCAGAAUAGCACUUCCACCUGGAAACCAAGAUACAGCUGUGCGGCCAUCAGAUGGUCCACAUUUACCUAACAUACCAGGGAUGCAGGAUAUGUCGGACAUGUCAGCUGCACAGGAUCCAGCUCUCAUGAGCCUUAGUCCAUCGGAGUUAGAAAAGCACAGACAGAGGCAGCGAUUAAGAGAGUUUUUAAUAAGACAGAAAAUGCAGAGAAACUCACUUCGUCAAGAGAAGGAAGCACCUGUAGUGAGUAAUCCUGCUCAAAGUUGGCAAGAUGGGGAAAUGCCUGCCUUUCAGCAAGAUAAAAGUCAGCGAGCACCCCCUCCUUACCCUCAGGACAGAGCUGCUGUUACGCAGGCAGCCCUUGCCAGCAGGAUGCCUCUUCCAAUGGGUAUGAUGGAUGAAAAGCUUUGCCGCCCACCUCCUCCUGGGACACCAGCAACUAUGGAUCCCAGUGCAUUAAGGCAAACUGGGCCAGUUUCUCAGGGGAUGUAUCCUCGUCCACAAUUUCCUGCACAGUGGCAAAACCAAGGAGCUCCACGGAGAUUUCCACAACCAUCUAUGAUUGAAGCCGUUCCCAGGCAGCACCUUACUACUCCCAUCAACAAUCCUCUCAACAUGCAGAAUAUGCCCAAUCCUUUGACCACAGUUCCAGGCAGUGGAGCAGAGGCAGUACAAAGCCAUGUUUCAGGAGCUCCACCUCAGUUUAUUGAGUUGAGGCAUAAUUCCCAGAGGAUGCCACCGGGUCCUCAGUUUAUGCAAAGGGCACCUAUACCCAGAGCUCGCAUGUAUCUUCCACAGCAGGAAAUUAAUGCUGCUUUUGCACAGCAGAAUUUAACCCCAUCCCUUGAUGCUUCAGCAGUAGGAAUGCGUGAUCCCAGACUUGGGUUACAGCAGGGUGGCAUGGACCUAUUGGUGCAACAACAAAGCAAUGCACCUCCUCCUCAGUCUCAACUACAGCCACAGCAGGUGCCAACUACUACUCCCAAAACACAAAUUUCUCACACUACUCAACAACUUCCUCAAACUAGUUCAAUAGGCAGUCAGCAGACUGUUGUGAAUCCAGUUGACCUACCUGAGUCUGACCUAGUGGAUGCCUUUGCUCCCAAAGGACUGGGUGAUCCGGUGGCAGAAACUGGAGUAGAGGAUGAUGAUCUUGCUCUUGACCUUGAUCCUGAUAAAGGUGAUGAUGAUUUGGGAAACCUUGACAAUCUUGAGGCCAAUGAUCCUCAUUUGGACGAUCUGCUCAAUAGCGAUGAAUUUGAUUUGCUUGCAUACACUGACCCUGAGCUUGAUCAAGGUGAUCCCAAAGAUGUUUUCUCUGACCAGUUGCGACUUGUGGAAGCAGAGGUGGAAGGUCCAGUGUCUUCUGCUAAUGUUGAAGUCAAGGUUGAAGUGAAACCAAAAGUUGAAAUCGCUUCCCAGGAUACACGCACAACUGCCACUCAACCACCUUUAAAGACUGAGAAUUCAUCUACUGUCAAUACACCAAAGUUAGAGUCCUCUGAUGCCAUUAGGUUGUCUUCUGUAAAACUUGAAGACAAAGGAUUGGUUGAACAACCACAGUCAGGACAAGCUUCUGUUAAAGAUGACAUCAGUGAAACGGUGUCAGUUUUGCUCAGUGGAACAAAAGCCUCUAAUCAACCAGAAACCCCAACUGCUAAUUUGAACACAGUCCGUUUAGGGGGUAUACCUUUUCCUCUUCCCAGCCAAGCUGAUACACUGUCUUUUCCACCAACUGCACCCCAUCCAGACCUGGGCAGCGACCCACUUGGAUUGCCAGAUUCUGGCCACCACUCUACAGCAGAUGAUCUUGACAAAGUUGAAAGCUCACUGGAAGCAAGUGAACUGCCGUUGCUUAUUCAAGAUCUUUUAGAGCAUGAAAAGAAGGAGCUACAGAAACAGCAGCAGUUAAGUGCUCUACAAGGCGGGAUUGGAAGUCAAAUUCACAGCAUUCAGAAUCAACAACAGCCCUCUCAGACUACUAAUCAAAUUAUGAUGCCACAGCACCAUCAUCCAUCCCAGGGCAUAGUGCCUCAAGCAGGUAUGGUGCCCAGGCCACCUCACAUGUUCCCACAGCAGCAGCAAAGGCUGAUUACUGCUGCAAUGCCUUCACCUCCCCAUGCGGCAAUGGGACAGCAGCCAGGCAUUUUAAGGGGUGGCCAGCCUGGUAGACUUCAUCCUGGUCUUGCUCCACAGCAGCAGACAACACAACCUCCACAUAUUGUUAAACAGCAGAACUUUUUCCCAGAUAAAGAUCUGGAUAAAUUCAUGACUGAUGACAUAAUAGAUCCCAUUGCAAAGGCUAAAAUGAUUGCUUUGAAAGGCAUUAAUAGGGUGUUGGCUCAAGAUCCAAUGGGUGUACCUCCUGGCAUGAAUAGGCAACAAGUAUCUCUACUGGCUCAGAGGUUAACCUCUGCCCCUGGGAAUGAGGAUUCCCAACCUCCGCCUGCUCCUGGCUCUUCCAAGGAAGGAGAAGGCAGCAAUCAGGUUCAAACAAGACCAAAUCCCCCACAAUUUGGCAUCAUCAAUGAUGCUGAACAGCACCAAUAUGAAGAAUGGCUAGUACACACCCAGCAGUUGCUGCAGAUGCAGUUGAAGUUUUUAGAAGAGCAAAUUGGAGCACAUCGCAAAUCACGUAAAGCUUUGUGUGCCAAGCAGCGCACUGCAAAAAAAGCUGGACGUGAAUUUGCAGAAGCAGAUGCUGAAAAGCUCAAACUGGUUACUGAGGAGCAGAGUAAAAUCCAGAAACAACUGGAUCAGGUGCGUAAGCAGCAAAAAGAGCACACCAAUCUUAUUGCGGAGUACCGAAGUAAACAACAGCAGCAUCAACAAGGUUCUUCCAUGCUAGCUCCUGGGCCAUCUACACCGGCACCUCACAUGCUGUCCAAGAUGCCUGGACAAAUGAUUGGUCAGCCACCUGGAGGGAUGCCACAAGCAGCACUGCCCCCGGGAGGUAUGCCAAUUAGAAUGCCACAGAUGCAACCCUUUGGUGCAGCACAGCCUUCUCUCCCACUCGGUGCUGGCCCAGUACAGCCACCUCCUGGUUUUUUCCCUCAAGGCCCUGGACCUCAAGGACCAGAUCCAAGAGUUCUGCAAGAACGACAGUAUAGAAUGCAAAUGGUCCAAAAAAUGCAACAGCAGCAACAACAGCUGAUGAUGGGACAGCAGCCUAUGUCACAUCAACCUCAGCAGCCUGGAAUAAUUAAUCAGCAGCCUGGAGCCAUGGGCAGUCAGCCAGCCCAAGUUUUGAUGGGCAGUAUGGGGCAGCAAAACUUACAACAAGGUUUAAUAAAUAGCCAACAAAAUCAGCAAGGGUUAGUGCAGACUCCUCCAGGUAUGAUGGGGAAUCAGGCUCUUGGGCAGACACAACAUAAUGUCAUGGGCCAGCAAAUGACUCAGACUGCAAAUCUUAUGGCAGGCCAACCACAAGGUAUGGUUGGCAAUCAACAGAUUGUACAGCAGCUUCAGAGACCUCAGGGUUUGAUGGAUCAGCAUGGACCAGUUGGACAGCAUGUUGUUAGGGGACCCCCAACCCAACUCACACCUCAGCAACAAAGUGUAAUGGCUCAGCGUAUGCUCAUGUCACAACAGCAACAGAAUGCUGCAAAAAAUCUUGCUCAACUUCAACAGCAACAAAUUUUACAACUAAAAAAACAAGCUGGCCCCUCUGAGCCACAAAGAGCUUUAGAAGCUCCAUCAUCAGGAGGUAACCAAGGGGUUGCUGAGAACUUGCAACAAGGUGUCCAAGAUCAUCAGAAUCCAAAUAAAGAUGGAGGAUUACUUAGUCCAAAAACACCCCCACAGCAAGGUGGACCUCCUACACCACUUCAGAUGCAACAGGGAUCAAGUGGAGAGCAGCACUGUGUUGUUGGACAGCCACAGCAACAACAUGCUUUUCUGGGUCAACAACAGACGGCACAACCUCAGACAAACCAGAACAUUGGAGUUGCUGAACAACAUGGUUUUGUUGGCAAUCAGCAGGCUGGACCGCAUCUUAAAGUACAACCACCUCAACCACAGAUGCAAGUUGGUCUUCAGACCCAGACCAAAAUUCAAAUAAAACAGGAAGAUCAACAAAUGUGCUUCAUGGCUCAGCAACAAGCUGGUCAAAUUGCUGCACAACAACCUCAAGAAGUAGCUGUCCAAAAUAGUGGUCAGACAAUGGGUAACAUUACAAAUCAACAGCAGCAAGCUCUACUGACUCAACAGAUGGGCAUUCCUCGAGCACAGCAAAUGAUGAUGACUCAAAGGCCUGGUGCUCCUGCAGGGCAAAUUCGUACCUCUAUUAACAUUCAGGCCUUCAUUGCACAGAACCCCCAACUGCGCCAUCUGACUCCCAGCCAACAGUUGCAGCAAAUUCAGGCAAUGCUUGCUCAAAGACAGCUUCAGCAGGGCCAGAUGCUAAGAUUGCAGGGUCAAGCUCAGGGACAAAUGCGUCCCCAGGUCCUACAGGGGCCAUCAGUUGGUCCACGGAUUCCAGUUAUUGAAACCCAACAACAGCAACACCGCUUUGGAUUGGCGGGCAAACAUGGGUCCAGCACUCAGCAGCAACCGGGAGGGAUUGGACAACAAUCUGGCAUGGCUCCACAGUUUCAUCAAGGUGUUGCAGGUGCUAUGCAACAGCCUUCUCAAGGACCUUUGCCUCAGUACAUCAAUAGUGCCCAGCAGCAGCAGAUGAUACAGCAGCAACAAGUGCAUCAGCAUCAAAUGAUGAGAGGUCAAGUGCCUAGACCAAUAAUGGGUCAGGUUCGCACCACAGCACCUGGACAUCUGGCUAGACCAAUGUCUCCUCGCCAAUUACUGGGGCAGGGAUCACCUGGAAGUCCACAUUCUAAUCAACAAAGACUCAUGAGGAUGUCUCAGACUCCACCAGGCACUCAGCAUCUUCAACAACAGUCACAUGGUACAACAGCAUUGAGCCCCUUUCAAGCUUCUCCCUCACAUGCAGGUUCUCCUGCAGGGUCUUCUGUUCCAGAAACUGGUAGUCCAUCUUUAAAUAAACCUGAACCAGGUAACCUGGCCCUCUCCAGUCACUUGUCAUCACCUUCUAGGCCAGAAGGUAUUGUAGGAAAGAGUAGCCCCUUUAGCCAGACGGGGGGGUUGAUACCUUCACCUUUGAGGUCUCCAACUGCCAAGACACAGAGCCCCAAUACUGAAGCUCUCUCAGCUCCUUUCCCACUUAAUGGGCCGUCUUCUCAGUCAGCACAGAACCAAGCACCAAAUUCUGGUCAAAUAUCUGGGGGUCAUACAUCUCAACCAACUCAAAUGCCCAGUGAAAUGUGCAAGAUGACAUUGCAAAACAUUAAACAAGAGCCACGUGAAGUCCAGUGCGAUACAGGAAAUAUUGUUGAGACUCAUUCUGAUGGCAUAAAGAGAGAAAUUUCUGGAGAAUCUGUCAGUGGCUCCGGUAUUGUGAACUCUGCUGUGGGCUCUAGAAAUCAAGCAGGAGAUCUUGGAUCACAAAUUCAAAGGACAGAGACUGGCCAACAACUACUACAGAAACUCCUUCGAACCAAAAACUUGCAGGUUGCAGCUCAGAGGCCCUCAGAUGGUAUUCAUAAUGAGAUAAAUGGACACAUUAAUAACAAGCUGGCAAUGCUGGAACAGAAGCUACAAGGAACUCCACGCAACAUGGAGGAUCUGCAGUCACUCACAAAGAGAGCUCCAAUUGUCAAGGCCAAACGUACUGCAAAAGCUGGAGAGCGUGGGCCAAACUCUAGAAAGAAAACCAAGAAAGAAGAGGUUGGAAAAACCGAGGCAAUAAUGAAACAGUUGAAGCAAGGCCUUUCUCUUCUUCCUUUGAUGGAGCCCUCUAUUACUGCUAGUAUGGAUUUGUUUGCACCUUUUGGCAGCAGUCCAGCCAAUGCCAAGACCCAGUUGAAAGGCUCAUUUGGAAAUGCUAUACUAGACAAUAUUCCAGACUACUAUUCCCAGCUUCUUACAAAGAACAACCUCAGCAAUCCUCCAACACCACCAUCAUCUCUUCCCCCAACUCCACCACCUUCAGUGCAGCACAAGCUUUUAAACGGAGUGACUCAGGUAGAAGAACUGGCGGAAGGUCAAAAAGAGUCAGAGGCCUCAGAGGAUACCAUUGGAUCUGUUCCAGAAGAAGUAAAGAGUGUAGACAUACUAGCAGCUCUUCCCACUCCACCUCACAACCAGAAUGAAGAUAUUCGUAUGGAGAGUGAUGAUGACAGUGAUGCUCCAGACAGUAUUGUGCCUGCAUCCUCACCUGAAAGCCAGCUAGGUGAUGAGACAACACGCUUUCCCAGUCUACUGGAUCCCAAAGAGGAGGAGGAAGAGAGGGCCAUCUCUCCUGUUAUACCCAUUAUUCCUCGUUCUACCAUUCCGAAUUUUUCAGAGACAAAACCUUUCGAGUCAGUGGAUGGAAAAGUUGUAGCUUCAUCCAGCCAGUGGGACAAAGCCAAAAGCAAUGAAGUGUCUGUAACCUUCAUGCUUUCAUCUGCUGCUGCAAAGAAUCUCAACACAGUGAUGUUGGCUGUUGCUCAACUGCUGCACAUACGUAUGCCAAGUUCUUACGAGUUGGCAUUUCCCCAGAGUCCUGGUAGAGUAGGUGCUGGACCUGGGAAAAUACCUGACUCUUCCAACCCAGGUUUGAAGACAGACGCUUCUGUGAGCAAUGAUGCAGAAUGGCUUAAGCAGUUUGAUGUUUCCCUCCCAGGGUGUACCCUGAGGAAACAAGUUGAUAUUCUUGCUCUUAUCAAACAGGAAUCCCAAGAGCAAGAAGAUAAACCUGCCCAACACUGUUACAUGACAAAUGUUUCAGAUCUGGAUGUGCGCCACCUGCCUGUUAUUCCUGUCGAAGUAUCUCCACCUCCUUCACCAUCUCCACCUCCACCCCCAUCUUCUACUGUAGCUGAGCCAGAAAACACCACUCAGCCCGAGCCCAAACCUGAAUCUGAAGCACCUGUUCAGACUACAUCAUCCCCUUCUGCAAGUCCAAGUGCUCCUGUCAAAACCGAACUUUUGGUCAAACAGGAAUCUCACUGCUCCCCCGUUACAGUAGAGCCUGAAUCUCAUGAGCCUGCGGUCCUACCUAUAGAUAUUCCACCACCACAAGAACAACCUUCUGCUCCAGCAAGUUCUCCUCCUCUAGACUCCCCUACUAUAGAGAUAUCCCUAAAAUCCAUCAAACACCGUAGCAGGCCCCUUUCUGAUGAAGAACAACGGCCUAAGGUCAAAAAAUGGAAAGGUUUGCGCUGGAAACGACUCCAGAUAGUCAUUACUAUUCGCAAAGGUGGCUCUAAAAAAGAGAGCAGUCGUGAAGUUUCAGAGCUCAUGGAGCGCCUCCGCAUUACACUGAAACCAGAUAAGCUGCCUAGAGAUAAGCGAAAGUGCUGUUUCUGCCAUGAGGAGGGAGAUGGUGCAACAGAUGGUCCUGCACGUCUGCUCAAUAUUGAUGUUGAUUUGUGGGUGCAUCUUAACUGUGCUCUGUGGUCAACAGAGGUGUACGAAACCCAGGGUGGUGCACUUAUUAAUGUUGAGGUUGCCCUUCGGCGUGGAUUACGCACCCGUUGUGCCUACUGUCAAAAAACGGGUGCUACUAACAGCUGCAACCGUUUACGCUGCCCGAAUGUAUAUCAUUUUGCAUGUGCCAUUCGGGCACGUUGCAUGUUUUUCAAAGACAAAACUAUGCUCUGCACCCAGCACAAGCUUAAAGGUCCCAGUGAAGAGGAGCUUAGCAGUUUUGCUGUUUUUCGACGUGUUUACAUUGAGCGGGAUGAGGUGAAGCAGAUUGCAAGCAUCCUGCAACGUGGUGAUCGCAUUCACUUGUUCCGUGUUGGUGGGCUCAUCUUCCAUGCUGUGGGCCAGCUUUUGCCCUCUCAGAUGGCUGUGUUUCACUCACCCAGUGCUAUCUAUCCAGUGGGUUAUGAGGCCACACGAAUUUACUGGAGCACUCGUGUGCCAAACCGCAGAUGUCGCUACCGAUGCCGCAUCAGUGAGCAGGAUGGCAGGCCCCUGUUUGAAGUGCGUGUACUGGAGCAUGGGUAUGAAGACCUGCACUUCAGAGACUCCACUCCAGAUGGCAUCUGGGCUAAGAUUGUGCAUCAGGUUGCCAAGCUGCGAGAUGAAGCGGCCAUGCUGAAACUUUUCACCGAGCAUGUCAGAGGAGAAGAGAUGUAUGGACUCACUGUGCAUGCAGUGAUGCGAAUCACUGAAUCUCUUCCUGGUGUGGAAACCUGUCAGGAUUAUACAUUCCGAUAUGGCCGCCAUCCUCUUAUGGAACUUCCCCUCAUGAUCAAUCCUACAGGUUGUGCACGAUCAGAACCAAAAAUUCUCACCCACUGCAAACGGCCUCAUACACUCAAUAGCACGAGUAUGUCCAAAGCCUAUCAGAGCACAUUUACAGGGGAGAUCAACACCCCAUACAGCAAGCAGUUCGUGCAUUCCAAAUCCUCUCAAUACCGUAGAUUAAAGACAGAGUGGAAAACCAAUGUGUACCUGGCCCGCUCUCGCAUUCAGGGACUGGGUCUGUACGCUGCUAAAGACCUUGAAAAACACACCAUGGUCAUUGAGUACAUUGGCACUAUCAUUCGCAAUGAGGUUGCAAAUCGCAGAGAAAAGAUUUACGAGGAGCAGAACCGUGGGAUCUACAUGUUCCGUAUCAAUAAUGAGCAUGUAAUUGAUGCAACCUUAACUGGCGGUCCUGCUCGUUAUGUCAAUCAUUCUUGUGCACCGAACUGUGUCGCCGAAGUUGUGACGUUUGAUAAAGAGGAUAAGAUCAUCAUCAUUUCUAGUCGCAGGAUCCCAAAGGGCGAAGAGCUGACGUAUGACUAUCAGUUUGACUUUGAGGACGAUCAGCACAAGAUCCCCUGCCAUUGUGGAGCCUGGAAUUGUAGAAAGUGGAUGAACUAACAAGGACAAAGAAAGAUUCCAACGCGUCUUUGCUCUCUGGUGCCAGAACACUCCUGCGCCAAAGCCUGUUAUAUUCUUACUUUCCAGUUAAUAAGCUGCUCUGAUUUGAGGAAGAGAAGUUCACUCUCAGUCACCAGAAAGAAGACUUUGUUACCUACAACAAGAGCCAAAGCUUUGAAGAGAAAAAAAACUUUUGAUGCCACAACCUUUUACAGAUGAGCUCAAAGGUAAUAGACCUGCUUGAAUCUAUCGUGUUGAUUAAAAAUCACCUCUGCCAAAAGCACCUCUACUUCCUCCACUGUUUCCUCCUACAAUAAGCUGACUCCGGCUGCAAUCAACCCCUUCAACAUCUACCAAAAGAACUGAAGCUAUAGCAUAUCAAUACACUUAGACUAGAACUCAGUGAAGAUGUUUGAUUAAAGCCAUGUAAGUACUCAAAGUUAACUCGUACACUUUAGCUUGGACCUAUCCUUUCGGCUAGCGCCCUUUCUGAACGCUUUCCCAUCAAAUCGUCAGUGAAGAUCGUGGACAUUGGCAAGACAAUCCUGGAGUGGCUCUGCUUAGAACUGUGACGAGAUACGCUGAAAUACUAUUGACUAUCGAAAGGCACCAGAUGUUUUAUUAUAUUGAGUUAAAAAGGUGGGUUUAUUUCACCCAGUCUACCUCAUUGAGUUUGUGGGACGUCACUGCUUUGUAUUAAAACUGUUAAGUGCUACUGUGGAAAGGGGAAGGCAGGAAUGUUUCCAUGGCAAUUGCCUUCUCGGAUAAGCAGGGAAACUUAAGCAGCAGGUUUGCUCCUAUCUAUAUUUUGCUUUCUGAUUACGAUUACAAUAGUGAGCCAGUGCAACUUUCUUUUUUUGAUUUGAUUAUACAAACGAGAUGGACAGUUCCAAUAUGACGAUGCAUUACUUCGAGCAAUCAAACUCAAACGGGUGUCUCAGAGGCCACCUUUUUAUUUCCGAUCAUGUAGCUGCCGCAUCAUGCUUUUUAGUGUAGAAAUGCUCAUCUCGCAUUCGUAACGGUGGAGCGAAUUAUGACAAAGGGUCACAGUGCAAAUCCACGUUGGUGCAAUUUGAAAGACUUUAGGGCAAAUAAUACUAGUGAUGCAAGACUGCCACUGCAUUUGACAUGUUUUCCCAUCCUUACAUCCUUGCAUUCAUUAGCUCUCCUUUCGGAUCUUGUAACUCCAACAGGACCCUUAGGUGUAAACUUCUUCCCUUCUGUGAUAGUGGACUGUUGUAAACUUACUGUAGUGAGUCUUUCUCUGCCUGCUGACGGCCGGUUGUAUCUAAUCGAUGUAUCGUGGUUUGAUAGUGGUAGCACAGUCUACAGGCUCGACGCAGUGACGGAGGAAGACUUAAAAAGGGCAUUUCUAUUUUCUUUUAUAAUAAAGUAAUUUAAAACAGUUUUAAAAAACAAACUUUCAAAGAAGGGAGUUGAACAAAGUGUCCACAUAGCCCAUGCUACUUUGUUCCUUUCUCCCCUGACUUAUGACCUCACGUUAAGAAAUAAAUGCAAAAUGUAUAAACUGUACAUAAUAGGGGUCUAAACACUUUAUCCAGCCCCUUUUUAAUCAAAUUCAAAAUUGUAGAGAAAUAAAAUUCAUGAAAAAAGAAGCAACCACUGGAUAUCAUUUUAUCAGAAAACUAAAUGUGUAUAUAUCUAUAAAUAUAUGUAAAAUGGCAAACUAAGUAAUAUCUUUAUGUAUAUGAACCAGAGUGUUUUUUUGCAUUUAAUGUUUUUUUAUAUAUAUAUCUGCAUAUUUUUUUGUCCCUACGAGACCAUAUACAGGUUAACUAAGAGGGUGUGAUCCUUCUCUCGUCUUCACCAAUGAAUUUUGGAAGAGUGCUUGCGGUGAAUAAGUCAAACGUUUGAAAUGGAAAGUCUCUUCUACAUGGAAACAGAUCCCCUUUUUUUUGUUUUUGAAAAACAGCAGUAAAAUGGUGCAUAGCAUUUGUGUAUUUAUGUAAUAUUGUUCACAUAUAUUUCUUUUAUUUAUGCUACUGCUUGUGAAUUACUGAACCCUGUCCUUGAAUCGGUGACAGUUUAAUUAGUAGUAAAUGGAAAAUCUUGAAGCUCCCAAGAUGAUACUGUUUUUGAAUCGUGUCCUGUUGUUUUCUCUCCCACCCCUCCCUGUAGAAGUGAAUGUUUUAUACGACUUAUGAAAAGGCAGCAUAGCCAGUGAAUGGUAUGACUUCAUUAAUCAAAAAUAUCUCCAUUAAUUACAUGUGAAUUGCACUCAGCAUUAUUUUAUUUAUACGUCAUUCAAACUAGCGCUGGUUCUUUUAAGGGUAGUCUGUUGUUAAGCACAGAUGCUCACUGGAUUUUAGCCUGAGUAACUCUUGCUGCCCCCACCCCCCGCCUUUGUUCUUUUGAAAUCUCUUUAUUUAAGAUCUCUACAUGUGUUGUAAUUUACUGAAUAGAUCCUGAUUUUGGUUUUCAGCCUGAUCGACUUUUUAAAAAAAGAUGCUGCAACUGUACAGCAAAGCUACUUUUAGGGAAAAUGAAUAAAAUGGUCAUUUUUAUUGUAUGUGGCAUGUUUUGUAUGGAUAUAAUUUUGAAUUGUACAUAUUUUUUGACGUCAGAGGUUGCAUCUCUUUAUAUACAGCUGUCCCUUUCCCUCCCAGCCCUCCAUUUAUUUCUUUGUCUCUGCUUUAUUUCUUGUAAAGAAAAAUAAAAUGCAUUUUAAAUAUACGUA